GCGAUGGAUGAAUGACUGAUGAAAUUUAAGGGGCGCGUGUCUUGUAAACAAUUCAGUCCUUCAAAUGGGGCGAGGUUUGGGAUUAAAUUUUAUAAACUGUGCGAGUCAGCGUCGGGUUACUGCUAUAAUUUCAAAAUAUAUUCAGGAAACGAUAAAACAAAUCUUGAUUACAGUGCAUCUGAAACUGUUGUGAUGGAGUUAUUGAAAUCAAUACUAGAUAAAGGACAUACGUUAUAUAUAGAUAACUGGUAUUCUUCGCCGAAAUUGUUUUUAACUUUGGUUAGAAAUGGAACAAACGUUCUUGGGACAGUACGUUGCAAUAGAAAAAAUAUGCCGGGAGAUUUUGUCAAAGCAAAAUUAAAAAAAGGAGAAUGUAUCAUAAGAAGCUGUAAUGGCAUACUACCGUUGAAGUGGAAGGAUAAACGAGACGUCCGUAUUAUUUCAACAAAGCACGAAAGUGCAGAAACGAUUGCACAAAACGAGAGUCACCUAAGCCCUAUUUUUAAGCCAAAAUGUAUCGUUGAUUAUAAUAUGGGAAUGAUUGGUAUUGAUCGCCAGGAUCGGGUAUUAGCGAGUUUCCCUAUUAUGAGAAAAUUCGUGAAGGGGUACCGAAAAAUCUUUCUUUAUAUAUGCGAUAUGGCACUUUUGAAUUCAUAUAUUCUAUACAACAAAAACAGUAUGGCAAAGAAGGAGAAUUACAGCGAGUAA